AUGGCGACCGAUGUGGUCCUCGAGACCACCAUGGGCGCAAUCACUGUCGAGCUCUACAACGACCAUGCCCCCCGAACAUGCAAGAACUUCUCCACCUUGGCUCAACGGGGAUACUACAACAACGUCAUCUUCCACCGUAUAAUCCCCAACUUCAUGAUCCAAACGGGCGAUCCGACAGGGACUGGCCGAGGUGGUUCAAGUAUUUAUGGCGACAAGUUUGCCGAUGAGAUCAACCCGUCCUUGAAGCAUACUGGUGCAGGUGUACUUAGUAUGGCCAACAGCGGGAAGGACACCAAUGGCAGUCAAUUUUUCAUCACCCUGGCGCCGACACCUUGGCUGGACGGGAAACAUACAAUAUUUGGGAGGGUCAAGAGCGGAAUGAAGGUCGUGCAGCGCAUGGGGCUUGUCAAGACCAACAGUGAAGAUAGACCAUUGGAGGAGGUCAAGAUCAUCAGGGCAAGUGUGGUCGAGGGGACCGAAGCUGGAUGA